AUGAAGUUGUUCGCAUCGUUGCUCUUGGUCGUGCUGGCCACCGUCGUGGCUGUCCAGGCGAGCGUCCAGCCCACUCCCGCUCCUCGUGUUGAGAAGAGACAGAACUUCGACCCUAACAAUCUCUCGCAGUACACCAACCCGGCCGCACUCUCGUCGCUGUCGAACUUUAUUAACUCGCAGUUUGGCAGCCUGGAGUCCAUGUCGCUGGGUGGAGACCAGUCAUCGUUCCUUGCCUCGCAAAAGAGCAAGGCGUACUCGUACCUCUCCGUCGCCUCGUCGCUGGCAGCCAACGGCGGCACGCGCAAUCCGGACGCAUCCUCGAUUCUGAACUCGAUCACUCGCACCGCUGGCGGUGCGUUCUCGAGUGCUGAUGGUGCGGCCGCAAGUGCUCUCUCGUCUGUGUCGGCAGCGCAAGCUUCUGCGGCCAGCAAGGCUGGCUCGUCUUCGUCCACCGCUACUGGUUCGCCGAACGCCGCUGCUGCUGCUUCCACGCCCGGCUAUGUUGUUGGUAUGGUCGCAUGCACGUUUGUCGCUGCUCUGGCUGGUGCCUUUGCUUUGUAA